AUGGAGGGAAAUGCACAGGCUCAGUUUCAGCAUACAGGGGAACCCCGUUUAUCAGGGGAGCCAAUCAAGCCUGUUCAUGUCGCACCGAAGAAGGCUGUGAAGUCAUGGGUACACCUGCUUGCAGGCGCGAGCGGUGGGAUGGCUACUGCCAUUGUGACUUCUCCCCUCGAUGUCCUCCGAACACGUCUCCAAUCCGACUUCUACCGAACCCAAAACACAGGCGCCAACCAGCCCCAAGGAUCAAACCAUAAAACGAUACGCAUUAUCAACUCCAUAUACCGGGCUGAAGGAUGGCGAGCAUUCUUCCGAGGCCUUGGCCCAAGCAUAGCGGGUGUAGUCCCAGCGACCGCCAUCAAGUUCUAUGUCUACGGAAACUGCAAGCGCGUCGGGGCUCAACUGAUGGGAUACACAGAAGACUCUCCACUAGUGCAUGCUCAGGCUGCAAUUUGUGCGGGGCUCGCGACAUCUACAGCGACCAAUCCUAUUUGGCUAAUUAAAACACGGCUCCAAUUGGACAAGACGAGCACCGGUGGUCGACGAUAUCGCAAUAGUGUGGAUUGCAUCAAGCAAGUCCUACGAAAUGAGGGCAUAGCAGGUCUUUACAGAGGAAUGAGUGCAAGCUACCUCGGAUCCAUCGAGACGGCGUUACAUUUGGUACUUUAUGAGCGGUUGAAAACUGGGUUCAGUCAGUCGUUAGCAGCUAGCGAGGGAACACGAACUCCUGUUUGGGAUGAAGUCUGCCAUUGGAUUAGUACCAGCGGUGCUGCAAGUUCUGCGAAGCUUGUGGCUGGUCUGAUGACAUAUCCCCACGAGGUUAUCCGGACAAGACUGCGCCAGGCACCACAGGAGAAUGGUCGGCCUAAAUACACAGGCCUGGUACAAUGCUUCCGACUUGUUGCUAAAGAAGAAGGUAUGGCGGGCUUGUAUGGAGGCCUGGCACCCCAUAUGGUCCGUUCCUUGCCAUCAGCCAUUAUCACUCUUGGUGUCUAUGAAUUUGUGCUGCGGGUCACUGGAGCUUAA